AUGGCCUCGGAGUCGGUGAAGGUGGUGGUGCGCUGCCGCCCCAUGAACCAGCGGGAGUGGGAGCUGAACUGCCAGCCUGUGGUGACGGUGGACUCCGCGCGCGGCCAGUGCUUCAUCCAGAACCCGGGGGCCGUCGACCAGCCCCCCAAGCAGUUCACUUUCGACGGCGCCUACUACAUGGACCACUUUACCGAGCAGAUCUACAACGAAAUCGCCUACCCGCUGGUGGAGGGUGUCACCGAGGGCUACAACGGCACCAUCUUUGCCUACGGCCAGACAGGCAGCGGGAAGUCCUUCACCAUGCAGGGCCUGCCGGACCCACCCUGCCAAAGAGGCAUCAUCCCUAGGGCCUUUGAGCACGUUUUCGAGAGCGUCCAGUGUGCAGAGAACACCAAGUUCCUGGUCCGGGCCUCCUACCUGGAGAUCUACAAUGAAGAUGUCCGUGACCUGCUGGGCACUGACACCAAGCAGAAGCUGGAGCUGAAGGAGCACCCGGAGAAGGGGGUGUACGUGAAGGGGCUCUCCAUGCACACGGUGCACAGUGUGGCCCAGUGCGAGCGCGUCAUGGAGAUGGGCUGGAAGAACCGCUCGGUUGGCUACACCCUGAUGAACAAGGACUCCUCCCGCUCCCACUCCAUCUUCACCAUCAGCAUCGAGAUCUACGCGGUGGCUGAGCGGGGCAAGGACCACCUCCGGGCGGGCAAGCUGAACCUGGUGGACCUGGCAGGCAGCGAGCGGCAGUCCAAGACGGGUGCCACGGGGGAGCGGCUCAGGGAGGCCACCAAGAUCAACCUGUCGCUGUCGGCGCUGGGCAACGUCAUCUCGGCCCUGGUGGACGGGCGCUGCAAACACAUCCCCUACCGGGACUCGAAACUGACGCGGCUGCUGCAGGACUCUCUGGGCGGCAGCACCAAGACGCUGAUGGUGGCCUGCCUGUCGCCUGCUGACAACAACUACGGUGAGACCCUCAGCACGCUGCGCUAUGCCAACCGAGCCAAGAACAUCAGGAACAAGCCUCGCAUCAACGAGGACCCCAAGGAUGCCCUCCUGCGCGAGUACCAGGAGGAGAUCAAGAAGCUCAGGGCGAUUCUGGCUCAGCAGACGAGCCCCAGUAACUUCUCAGCCCUGCUGAACAAUCAGGUUCCCCCAAACCCCAUCCAGAUUGAAGAGAAGCUGUUGCCCCCAUCUGUGAUCCAGCACGACAUGGAGGCCGAGAAGCAGCUGAUCCGGGAGGAGUACGAAGAGCGCCUGGCCCGGCUGAGGGCUGACUAUGAGGCAGAGCAGGAGUCCAGGGCCCGGCUGGAGGAGGACAUCGCUGCCAUGCGCAACUCGUACGAUGUGAAGCUGUCCACACUGGAGGAGAACCUGCGCAAGGAGACAGAGGCUGUCCUGAAGGCAGAAGUCCUCUACAAGGCCGAGGUCAUGUCCAGGGCUGAGUUUGCCAGCAGUUCUGAGUACUCACCGACUUUCCAGUACAAGAUGGCCGUGAAACCCGAGAUCUACUCCAUGCCUGACACCCUGGCCAGUGAGGGUAUCUUCAAGACUGAGGUUUCUUCCAGGUUUGAGGAACUGCCCAAGGUAGAGGCCUCCAAGUCGGAGGUUUCUGUUGGGUCUGAUGAGUCUUCCACGCUCGAAGAAAAUUUCAUCUCCACGGCUUUCCCUGGGCCCAGGGAGCCCUCCAGCCUGGAGGUCCCUGUGCCCGAGGUGGAGGCCCCGAGUGGACACUUCCUAGAUGAGGAUGUCAGCCGGGAGGCCACGGAGCCCCUGUGGGAGGAGGAGCCCUUCCUCCAGGGAGAAGAGCCCCCCCACCUGAGGGCCCUGGAGCUACUUCCGGGCCUGCACGUCCCAUUUGCCGAGGUGGAAGCCAAGCUGGCCAGGCUCUCCUCCACGGUGGCCGGGCUGGACGUGCCCCAGGCGGACAUACCCAAGGUCACCACGCAGCACCCCUCCCGGACAGAUCUGCUGGAGCCUGGUGACCUCAGGUCUGAAGCUGAGGCGGCCGAUGACCUCCUGCCCAGGACUGAGGUUGACCUGGGCCCGGGAGUGACCGAGGAGGUGGUGCUGGCAGCAGAGCCCAGCGUGGGAGCCGAGGGUGAAGCCCAGGUGGCCUUGGGGGCUCAGCCUCAGUCUCUGCUGGCCAUGACAGCUGCGAGAAGGGACAGUAUGGAGGUGGCAGUGCUGACCAAUGGCCUACUGCCCACUGUGGACCAGCAGCAGGUGCUUGCCCGCUUGCAGCUGUUGGAGCAGCAGGUGGUCGGGGGGGAGCAGGCCAAGAACAAGGACCUGAAGGAGAAGCACAGGCGGCGGAAGCUGUAUGCAGACGAGCGCAAGCAGUUGGUGGCGGCCCUGCAGAACUCAGACGAGGACAGCGGGGACUGGGUGCUGCUCAACGUCUACGAUUCCAUCCAGGAGGAAGUGAGGGCCAAGAGCAAGCUGCUGGAGAAGAUGCAGAGGAAGCUUCGGGCGGCAGAGGUGGAGAUCAAAGAUCUGCAGUCAGAGUUUGAGCUAGAGAAGAUCGAUUACUUGGCCACCAUCCGUCGGCAGGAACGUGACUUUAUGCUCUUGCAGCAGCUCUUUGAGCAGGUGCAGCCCCUGAUUCGCCGGGACUGUAACUAUAGCAACCUGGAGAAGAUAAGGCGCGAGUCCUGCUGGGAUGAGGAUAAUGGCUUCUGGAAGAUCCCCCAGCCCAUCAUCAUAAAAACCAGCCUCCCAGUAGCAGUUUCAACAGGGCUACAGAACAGAUCAGCCCGCAAAACCUCCACAGCGGACAACGGUGAACCAGGCAAGGAAGAAGACCGCUACAGGCUGAUGCUCAGUCGGAGUGACAGUGAAAACAUUGCCAGUAACUACUUCCGGCCCAAGCGGGCCAGCCAGAUCCUCAGCACGGAUCCCAUGAAGAGCCUCACACAUCACGGCUCGCCACCAGGCCUCAGCUCCCCACUUGGCAACAGCUCUGCCAUCCCACCUACCCAGGCCCCUGAAAUGCCCCAGCCUCGGCCUUUCCGCCUUGAGUCCCUUGACAUCCCCUUCACCAAGGCCAAGCGUAAGAAAAGCAAAAGCAGCUUUGGCGGUGAGCCUCUGUGAACACAUUGCCUGCUGCUGCCCUGCCUUUGGACUCCGUGAGACUGCCAGGCCCCUCCGGGGCAGACCCAGCUAGGUCUCUUCCCACCUGCCCCCCUCCGAGGGGGCCCUGGCCCUGGGAAAGCACAGUCCCCUCCCUGCUACCCAGAGAGCCCACUCUGCCCGGGGCAUGAGCUCCUCGGAGGCUGGACCAUCCUUGGCGAGACCUGCUCCGGCUCUCCACGCCACGUCGGUGUUUUCAUCUGCCCGCCACCGUGCCCACCAGUGUUGUCCUGUGCCUCCAUGGGCUCAGAAACCUCAGCUCUGCCUCAAGGCCUUCACUCGCAGCCCGAUAGAGUGGGGCAGUGACUUCCACAUGGGUCAAGCUCAAUGUCUUGGUGAUUGAAAAUUGUGCCUCCACCUAGUAGGCCCCGCUUGGUGAGGAAGCCCUAUGGGACAGGCACAGGAGUCCUGGAGCAGCUGUUCCCGUGCUGCCUACUCCCAGCUGGUCUGCGGCCCAGAGGAGGCCACUCCACAUUAAGCUUCCCUAAUAAACUGCCUUUAACUGAUGAACUGCCCUUCUCUGAUCAUCUGACAGCAUCACUGGGGCCCCUCCCUGCCACUACCUGGCCUUCAUGGGGAAGCUCUUUCUGGAGCAGGGAUUCUUAACUGCCUGUAGGCUCCAGGGUCUCUGCAAUCCCCUGUAAUUGUGAGUAUAAGUGCAUUUUUCUGGGGAGAGCACGUGAAUGUGAACUGUCCUUAGAUUCUCGAAGGAUCUGUGACCCAGGAAAGCAGAGUCCUUGUUUUGGAAAAUAGAGGCCACAUCUUGCUGAGGCCCAGAGAAGACCCAGGUCUUGAUGGCCGUCAGGGGCUGUGCUGGAACUGCAUGUGCUAACACGGCCAGAAAUGAAUCCAGGCCACCCCACCUGCCUAAGACAGACCCAUCCCCUUGCCCAUUGUAUCCCAGGCCUGCCCUGUGGGAGGGGCCCACAAUCUGAGGGAAAAGUCUUGGCCUUUGGUGCUAUCCUAAGCCUCAUUUCACGCUGAGCCUCAUCUGUGAAAUGGGGAUACCAACCUCAUAGGGUUAUCGUGAAGGUUAAAUGAGAUAGUGUGUAAAGUUCCUGUUGCAUAGCAGGUACUGUGUUAGUCCCCCUAAAUCCUCCCCCUCCAUAUUUUGUAUUAAUUACUGUGAUACCUGCCACAAGCCACAUGUCUGGGCCAAGGAGUUCACGCUCUGGAGAAGCUAGGGUGGAAGGUGAUUAGGAAACUUCGGAGAUCAGUCUAAGGGAAGUCAGGCCGCAGUGCAUACUUUGAGCAAGAGGAUGUAAGAUCAGGUCUUUAUGGGGAACAAAGUGCCCUUGUGAAGGGAGCAGCAGUGGGUAGGGCUACCAUAAAGGAUGGAGAAGAUCCCGGGGCUUAAGAUGGGAAUGUGGGAAGAGGGUUCCUGGUGGAGGGGGCUGCAUGAACAAAAGGCAGGAGGUGGGGAAGCUCAGGGUAUGUUAAAGGUGGGAGGAGAACUGUUCCAUGGAAGUCCUGAGCAGGGAUGGAGAAGCUGAUGAGGCUGCCAAGAUGAGUUUAGGUGGAGACCUGAGUAAAUAGCCUUUGGGUGCCCCUGAGCUGUGGCAGACUGCUCAGCAACGGGCCGGCACCAUCAGGUCUGAGCUUGAGGUGGAUUGACGUGGCAUUGUGUGCAGAAGGGCAGGAGGGCUGGGCUGUGGGGCAGGAGCUAGGGGUGAGAGGCUUAACUUUCCGUGCAGCCCUAACCUUCCAUGCAGGGGAUGGAGGUAGAAUCCGCUAAGGAGAUGCACAGAGCGAGACUUUGACUUUUGCCCCCGCAUUCUUGGCUUGGUGGACAAGUAUAAGAGGUCAGAACAGAAAGGCUACCUUCUCUCUUCACAGUUACCUUCACCAUUUGCCCUGGGAUUGUGUUUGGGACCCACAGAAUAGCUGAAGGCUUGGAGAUGCUUGUGGUAGCUUUUACUUAGAGUCGUGGUGGGACUGAGGCAGGUCUGAGGUGAGCGGGUUGCCCUUGUGUCAGUUUAGAAGGGGUGGGGGCAAGCAGUACUGAGUGGAGGCUCAGCCUGGCUCUGCACGAAGUGCUUCAAAACCCGCCCUAGUCCACCCACGAGCGAAGGCUGUUCCAAAGGCACACAGGUAAGUAGGAGAGCUGGGCCUCGCCAGUGUCUAUUGCCAGCCUAGGACAGUGGCCUGGAGACCAGGGAAAUGCCCAGGUAACAGGGCUCGUGAGAGACGGGGCUUGGAAAUGAACUCAGCUAGAGCUUUUGAUUGGUAGGCCAGUCCGCCGCUCAUCCACACUGCCUCCAGUGUGGUCCACCACCAGGCGGGGGAGGACAGGCCCGCGCCAAGGCCCUGGGCCCCUGAGCAGCAGGACAAAUUCUCCACCCCCUCCCUGAUCUUUUUCCAACCACUUUCUCCCUGGAGACAGUGGGGGUGGGGCCUUGUUCCUAGUCGAAUCUGUCCCAGGCCAGUGAAGACCGAGGAGGUGGCCCGAGUUGACGCCGCCACUGCCCCAGACCCUGUCCUGAACGCGACGGCCCAGACCAGGACCAAGAGGUUGAAGAGGCGGGAUCCACCCAUCAGUCCCAAGCUCCGGCGGGAAGCAGGUUCUGGGCUCCGGGCGGAAGCCCGGGAUGGGCGGAACCAAAGGGCUAUUAACUCUGUUGAUUGGCCGCGGCAGCAGAGCUGUCUCUCUAGGAUUGAGCCUUUUCCUUUCGAGAGGCGGAGCCGCGCGCCCCUUCCACCAAUAGCAUUCAGAGUAUCCGCCUCCUACCGGUGCACUUCCGGCCGCGCUCCCCGCUCCUCACCGUCGGAGCCGCGGCUCCGAACGCCCAGCCCCGACGUACGCGGAUUACUUCCGGGUGGUACUCCACGACCACGGGCCGCGAUUGGGCGACUGUGGAAGGGGCACUUCCGGUAUCCAGGUGCUUGGGUUCUUUGGCAGGAGCAGGAAUAUGGGGCUCGGCGCCGCGGCCCGUGCUUGGUCCAUCUUGUGGCUGCUGCUGCCCUUGCUUGGCCUGGUCGGCGCCAGCGGUCCCCGCACCUUGGUGCUGCUGGACAACCUCAACCUGCGGGAGACGCAUUCGCUUUUCUUCCGGAGCCUGAAGGAUCGGGGCUUUGUACUCACAUUCAAGACCGCAGAUGACCCCAGCCUGUCCCUCAUUAAGUACGGGGAGUUCCUCUAUGACAAUCUCAUCAUCUUCUCCCCUUCGGUAGAAGAUUUCGGGGGAAAUAUCAACGUGGAGACCAUCAGUACCUUUAUCGACGGUGGAGGCCGUGUCCUGGUAGCUGCCAGCUCAGACAUUGGUGACCCUCUUCGAGAGCUGGGCAGUGAGUGUGGGAUCGAAUUUGACGAGGAGAAAACAGCUGUCAUCGACCAUCACAACUAUGACAUCUCAGACCUUGGCCAGCAUACGCUCGUCGUGGCCGACACAGAGAACCUGCUCAAGGCCCCGACCAUCGUGGGGAAGUCGUCUCUGAAUCCCGUCCUCUUUCGAGGGGUCGGGUG